CUCUAAUUUCAUCGUCUACUUCUCAUUUACCUGUCUUCCUCAGCUUUCCUUCUCUGCACAGCUCCGUACCGCCGACAUGGAUAAGACUUCUGUUCAGGAGGCAUCCUCCCCCGCCGAUACCGACCGUAAUUCCGACCGUCAUGUUUCAGAAGACGAAAGCUCACCCCAGAUUGAGGACGUCGAAGCCCUCAAGGCCGAAGUUGCCCUCCUCCGGGACAAACUGGAGAUUCUUCAGGGAAAAGCUUCGCUCGACAUCAAGUUGCAAACGCAGAUGCUUACUGCCGGGGCCAAGGGCUGGCCAGAUUAUGAUUUCAAGGUCUUGGGGGACCGGAUCCGCUCGGUUAUGUAUCACAUAGAAUAUUGGUGCCAACAACAUGCCCGGCAAGGUAUGCCUGAUACCGUUGAACUGCAUGACUUGGAAAAGCAAGCCAUCAUUCAUAGCCUAGAAGGCUAUUGGGUCCAAGAUUUGGAAUGGGAUACACUGAUGAAGUCUCUUCCCUACCCUUUCUCUCUGUAUAUGUCGGAGGUGCUCGCUCAGAGUAUCUUGACAAAGAACAUCGUGGAUAAGUUCUUUGUCAACCCAUUUUGGUACCUUGAAGAAGAAGGUCUCGAUCGGCAGGAUCAUACGACGGGUUCAGUCUCCCGUACACAGAAUCUGCAACAUCUGUACCGACGGUUUCUAGAAACAAAUGGCCCCAGAGCCACCGUUUGGAAUAAAGAAACUGUCCGUCUGUCAAAUUCGGUCAAGGUAUCCCAAGCACCCAAUCUCGAGCUCGGUCGGCAGACAAAGGAAUAUCGCACAAACGCUGUCGCUUUGUUCGCCUCCACCUUACUUUCCGACGUCUUUUUCCAGAGGCUAUUAAAAAGUGUGGAUUGCGACGAAGCGACGAAGCGAGAGGACAGUCUUCUGGAGUUAUGCAAAUUUGCUGAUGAGACAGCAAUCACCCUCGGCUCCAAUCAGGGACAUUGUGUGUAUAAGACACUGCCGACUAUGGGAACCACCUUUGAUCCGAGAUCCCACGAAGCGACAGUCCAUAACCUCCAUAAUGUCCGGGGUAAUGCUGCUGACGAUGCCAGAUUGGCUGGCCGUCGCAUCCUAGGUAUAACCCAGCCGGCUGUAAUACUAAAGCUAAGGACUCUGAGGUGUGACGAAAACGUCUUGAAUAAAGCCGAGCUAUUGGUGGAACAUGGUGACUACACCGAGGAAGAUCAUGAGCGAGAGCGACCAAAGCCUUCUGCAAAAAUCCUUGAAGAGGCUGAGACGGAAGAAGAAUAAGGGAGAUAAGUUCAGGACUGUGUCUGUAGUAUCUUUUGUUAUAUAUCGUUUUGUCUAUAAUUGCCCCAGACUGUCGAAUGUUUUAAUGCAGUGAUUCGUUAUUUCUGU